AUGCGUAUUUGUUGUGAAAGUGUAAAUACUGAAGCGGACGAAGUCAGUGCAGUGCUAGGCAAGAAGACGUUGUUUCUGUCUACCCUUGCCGAUAAACCGAAGGAUGCAACAGAGAACGACCCUGACAAUUCGAUGAACUUACAGUUCCAGGAAAAAUACGGCAAUAUUGUAGCCCAUGUCUGGUACAACGACGGCUACAUGAUUGUAGGUUUCGAAAAGGGUUUUGUUGUAUGUAUCUCAGCUCAUCCAUCGGAAAUGGGACAGGUAUAAUC